AUGGACGGCUUCCGCUCGACGGUGCUGCAGCGGCCGCGCGACGACGACGCCGGCGACCGCGAGCGAGAGCGGGAGCGAGAUCGUGAGCGUGAAAGAGAGCGCGACCGCGACCGCGACCGUGAAAGAGAGCGCGACCGCGACCGCCAAUACCAGCGGCACGACGCAGGAGGCAGCCCCAGCGCGGGCCGGCAGCCUCACGGGUCGUCAGCCUUUUCCCUGCGCUCGCCGCCCUCGCGCACGCUGCCUCCCUUUGCAGCGUCGGCCUCGCCCAACGGAAGCGGCAACGCCAGCGCAAACACAAACACCACCACCACCAACACCAACGGCCACCGCGGCCAGAGCCAUCAAUCGCCGCCGCGCGCCCUGCACGGCAGCGGCAGCAGCCACAGCCAGAGCCCUUACAUGGCGCCCGCGAGCCACUCGCUGCCGCCUCCGGGCACGCCUUCCAGCUCGCACCACCACCAAGGCUCCUCGCACCAGCAGCAUCAGCAUCAGCAUCCGCGUCAGCCCAUGUCGCCGCCUCGCCCGGCCUCCUACUACCCUCCCGCGUCCGCAGCCGCCCGCGACAAGCCCGCGUCGGGCAGCUUCUACGACCCCACGACCGACACCACCAAGGCUGUCUCUUAUACACAUCUAGAUGUCUUCUACGACCCCACGACCGACACCACCAAGGAGCGCGGCGUCUCAGAUUCGUCCAGCUGGCACGGGGCCACCACGCCAAAGACCCGCGACCCCUACCCCUACUCGCAGGACCAGUACUACAACGGUCGGGCCUCGUACAACCGGGCCCGGAGCCCGCUCUCCCACGCGCACCCGCUCGCCGGCUCCCACAGCCCGCCCGCCCAGAUGGCUCUGGGUGCGAAUGGCGUGGCCAAGGAGCCCGCCGCCUCGCCCAAGCCCACCAGCACGCCCAGCCGCGCGGACCCCAUGUCCUUUUCCAACAUCCUCUCGAGCUCCGAGCCGCCUAAAGAAAAGAAGCAGCCGCCCGCCGAUGCCACCCCCAAGCCCCCGGCCGCCGACCCGGAACCCAAGGUCGAGCCAGAGGCCGACGCCAUCGAGCCCGAUGCGGAGCCUGAGGCCACCGAGGUCGAGGUUGACGAAGCCGAGACAGAGAUCGAGCCGGAGCCGGAACCGGAACCUGAGCAGCUGCCCGCUAGGCGCGACGUGAAGAAGAAGCAGCCUCGCCGGUCCAAGGGCCGGGCCUCCGACAUCCGCGACGCCGAGGCCCCCAAGCGGCGGCGGAGGUCGUCCCUUAAGAAGGAGUCGCCCGCCCCCUCGCGGUCGUCGUCGAAGCGCCAGGCCAAUGGCCAACCCAAGGCCGCCGCCGCGCCCCGGACGUGGUCGACGGAGAUGGAGAAGAAGAUUCAAAACGCCGAGAUGCAAAUCGACAGCGACGCGCCCAAGCUCGACGCCGACGAGUUCGACGAGCACGACUACAAGGAGCGCGCCAGCAAGCGGCGGCGCGUCAUGACGGACCUGGACGAGGACCGCAACCGCAUUCGCCGCGAGGACUACGCCAAGGUGGCCGGCAAGCGGCUCGUGAACCACGCCGAGCUCGGCAAGCGGCGUUACGACGAGGUCUUUUACGACGAGGCCCUACACGAGGUCCGCGAGCAGGAGCUCUACGCCGAGAAGGAGCGCAAAAAGGACAUGCAGCGCAAGCGACGCCGCGAAAAGUCCAUGGCCGUCACCAUCGAGCAAAAGGAGGCGGCCCUCGCCCGCGCCGAGGCUGCCGAGGACGAGGCCGAGCGUCAGAAGCACCUUCGCGACGCGGCUCGCGCUGAUAAGAAGGCUGAGCAGACUAAGCUCAUCCUCGAAAAGGGCAUUAAGGGUCCCGCCCGCAACCUCGACCUCAUCGACGGCGGCGCCAACUCGAGCUUCCUCGCGUCCGACGCCGAGACGCCCAAGUCCAAGAAGAAGGGCGCCCGCCCCAAAAAGUCCAAGGAGCAGAAGCAGGCGGAGAAGGACUCGGCCGAGGCCGCCCAGGCCGCCCUCGACGCCGGCAAGGAGCUGCCGCCCAAGGAGGAGGGUGGCAAGGUGCGCAUCAAGAUCAAGGGCCGCUCCCGCGGCGGCGACAAGGAAAAGAAGGAGGCGCCGCCCGUCGAAAAGGACCCCGAGCAGGAGAAGCGCGACGAGGCCGCCGAGCUCGAGAAGAAAUUCACCUCCAAGGGCUACAACCAAAUCUACGAACAGAUCUGGCGCGACAUGGCCCGCAAGGACGUCAACAAGACAUUCAAGCUGGCCGUCGACUCGUACGCCACCAAGGGGUCCAACCUCAAGAAGACGGCCAUCCUCGCGUCCAAGGAGGCCAAGCGCUGGCAGCUGCGCACCAACAAGGGCACCAAGGACCUGCAGGCCCGCGCCAAGCGUGUCAUGCGCGACAUGAUGGGCUUUUGGAAGCGCAACGAGCGUGAAGAGCGCGACCUGCGCAAGGCGGCCGAGAAGCAGGAGAUUGAAAAUGCCCGCCGCGAGGAGGCCGAGCGCGAGGCCGCCCGCCAGAAGCGCAAGCUCAAUUUCCUCAUCUCUCAGACAGAGUUGUACUCGCAUUUCAUUGGGAAGAAGAUCAAGACGGACGAGGUGGAACGCAGCACCGACCAUCCCGACGAGGCGCCCGAGGCGCCGCGAGCCCAGGGCCUCAACGUCUCGGAGCCCACGGGUCCUGUCGGCGGCAAGGUCACCGACUUUGAGAACCUCGACUUUGACAACGACGACGAGAGCCAGCUGCAGGCGGCGGCCAUGGCCAACGCCCAAAACGCCAUCGCCGAGGCGCAGAAGAAGGCGCGCGACUUUAACAACCAGGGGCUCGACAUGGACGAGGAGGGCGAGAUGAACUUUCAGAACCCCACUGGCCUCGGCGACGUCGAGAUCGAGCAGCCCAAGCUCCUCAACGCCCAGCUCAAGGAGUACCAGCUCAAGGGCCUCAACUGGCUUGUCAACCUAUACGAGCAGGGCAUCAACGGCAUCCUCGCCGACGAGAUGGGUCUCGGCAAGACGGUCCAGUCCAUCUCCGUCAUGGCGUACCUGGCCGAGAAGCACGACAUCUGGGGCCCGUUCCUCGUCGUCGCGCCCGCCUCGACCCUGCACAACUGGCAGCAAGAAAUCGCCAAGUUUGUGCCCGAGUUCAAGAUCCUGCCGUACUGGGGCAGCGCCGGCGACCGCAAGGUGCUGCGCAAGUUUUGGGACCGCAAGCACUCGACCUACCGCAAGGACGCCGCGUUCCACGUCUGCGUCACGUCGUACCAGCUCGUCGUCUCCGACGUCGCCUACUUCCAGAAAAUGCGCUGGCAGUACAUGAUCCUCGACGAGGCGCAGGCCAUCAAGAGCUCCUCGUCGUCGCGCUGGAAGUCGCUGCUCGGCUUCCACUGCCGCAACCGCCUGCUGCUCACCGGCACGCCCAUCCAGAACAACAUGCAGGAGCUGUGGGCGCUGCUGCACUUUAUCAUGCCGUCGCUCUUUGACUCGCACGACGAGUUCAGCGAGUGGUUCUCCAAGGACAUUGAGUCGCACGCCCAGAGCAACACCAAGCUCAACGAGGAUCAGCUCAAGCGUCUGCACAUGAUCCUCAAGCCGUUCAUGCUGCGCCGUGUGAAGAAGCACGUGCAAAAGGAGCUCGGCGACAAGAUCGAGCUUGACGUCUUCUGCAACCUGACGUACCGCCAGCGCGCCUACUACAGCAACCUGCGCAACCAGAUUAACAUCAUGGACCUCGUCGAAAAGGCUACCAUGGGCGACGACCAGGACUCGGGCACCCUCAUGAACCUUGUCAUGCAGUUCCGCAAGGUCUGCAACCACCCGGACCUGUUUGAGCGCGCCGAGGUCACGAGCCCCUUUUCCUUUGGCUACUUUGCCGAGACGGCGUCGUUUGUGCGCGAGGGCAACAACGUACCCGUCGGCUACUCGACGCGGAACCUCAUCAACUACGAGCUGCCGUCGCUGGUGUGGGCGCGGGACGGCCGGCUGGACAAGGCUGGCCACGACAACGCCCGUGCCGGCUGGCGCGGCAAGGCCCUGGGACACAUGAUGAACAUUUACACGCCUGACAACGCACGCGACAGUCUCGGCGGCACCGAUGCCUUUUCGUGGCUGCGCUUCGCCGACGCCAGCCUCGGCGACGUCUAUCGAGCAACACACACCAGCCUGUUUGCGCGCGCCGUGGACGAGCUGCAGAAGCCGAACCGACUCGCACACAUGGACGUCGCGUACGAGGACGACGGCGGCUGGGUGCCCGCGCACGCCAUGCUCAAGGUGCGCCCGCGCGCGAGCCGCGCCGCCGCCCUGGCCGCUGCCACCACCGAAGGCGUGCUGGGCAGGCUCAUGAACGUCGCCCGCGACGACUACGCCGACUCGGGGCUCGGCCGCCUCGAGAUCGCCGGUCGCCCGCGCGCGUCGGCGCCGCCCGUCGACGUGUCGUGCAACAGCGCGAGCGCCGUCAACGAGCGCAACGGCACCCUCUUCAACGUGGGCAUGCGCCGGGCGCUCUACGGACCGGCCAGGCACGAGGAGAGGACGCUCGUCCAGGGCAAGGUGCCGCUCGAGCUGUGGCCCGCCAAGGCCGCGCUGCCGCCGCCCGACGGCGAGAAGCGCCGCUUCACCAACAUUAGCGUGCCGUCGAUGCGGCGCUUCGUCACCGACAGUGGCAAGCUGGCCAAGCUCGACGAGCUGCUCUUCAAGCUCAAGGCCGAGGGCCACCGCGUGCUGCUCUACUUCCAGAUGACGCGCAUGAUCGACAUGAUGGAGGAGUACCUGACGUACCGCAACUUCAAGUACUGCCGGCUGGACGGCUCGACCAAGCUCGAGGACCGCCGCGACACGGUGCACGACUUCCAGACGCGGCCCGAGAUUUUUAUCUUUUUGCUGUCGACGCGCGCCGGUGGUCUUGGCAUCAACCUGACGUCAGCCGACACGGUCAUCUUUUACGACUCGGAUUGGAACCCGACCAUCGACUCGCAGGCAAUGGACCGCGCCCAUCGCCUCGGCCAGACGAAGCAGGUGACGGUGUACCGCCUCAUCACGCGUGGCACCAUCGAGGAGCGUAUCCGCAAGCGCGCUCUGCAGAAGGAGGAGGUGCAGCGCGUCGUCAUCCAGGGCGGCGGCGCCAGCGUCGACUUUUCAGGCCGCCGCGCUCCCGAGAACCGCAACAGGGACAUCGCCAUGUGGCUCGCCGACGACGAGCAGGCCGAGAUGAUUGAGCGCCGUGAGAAGGAGCUGCUCGAGUCAGGCGAGCUCGACAAGCGCAAGAAGGGCGGACGGCGCAAGAAGGCCGAAGGCACCGCCAGCCUCGAUGAUUUGUACCAUGAGGGCGAAGGAAACUUUGACGACGGCAGCAAGGGGGCGGCCUCGGGGGCGGCGACGCCCGUCGAGAGCGAAAAGGGCAAGAAAAAGGCCAAGGGCAAGCGGGCCAAGACGGCCAAGCAGCGCCUGGCCAUUGCCGAUGGCAUGGUGGACUAUUGA